GAUGCGCUCAGUUACCGGCAGAGUGUUGAACGGAGCAGUCGUUCUUCCGUGCGUCGCGUCGUCGUCCGUCGCUGCUGCUGUUCGUUGCUUGAAGUGUGCAGUGUCUUCAGUGAGGCAAACUUGUUUCUUCAGUUCGGUGGAGAAUCCAGUGCUGUGCAGUGCAUUUUCUUGUACAUCGGAACCCCGAAUAAUUAUCGCCGAUCGCCGCCAGUCAGCGAAGAUAAAACCUCGCAGCAUCACAGCUCGGUGUGUGACAUUAUGCAACCUGCGCGGCUCGAGUGAAGGACGACUGACUGACUGACUGCCUGCCUGACUCUGCCUGCGGGAACAGCAAACAACGUGGUGGCGACGAUCGCUUUCUUCUUUCAUCGUCAUCAUUUAUCGUCGACGGCGAAGACGUCACUGCGGUCACAGCUCAUCGUCAGCGAUCGUCUCGUUUAUCAGCGGUGGUAUUCCCGCACAACACACUACACACCCCCGCAGGCCAGAAGUGAUAUCAUUCGUCGCGGCGAGAUAUCAUCCAUCGUCUUGGCGCCCAAACACGAUCAAGUGAGGAGGAAAAGCCCGCGUACUUUGAUCUAGUCUGACUAGUGCUGCUUGAAAAGCUGUGAUAAAUCUCAGAGGUUACUCUGUUACUGUAGUGCUUUCGUUUAGUGUUUGAGUUUGUCUGAACAACUUUAGUGUGUGAAAAAUGGGUUCAACGGAACGCAGCAAACUGAUUGGAGUCAUCGAUGAGGGAACAGAUAGCGCGCGCUUUGCGAUUGCCGGCAGCGUGUUCUCAACCGGCGAUGUCUACUUUGUACCUGCCUUUACCGGUCUGUACGCGCCGUACUGGAGGAAAGACGCUCGAGGAAUCAUUUGCGGUUUGACGAGCUUCACCACCAAGCAUCACAUCAUUCGGGCCGCACUGGAGGCCGUCUGCUUCCAGACACGUGAUAUCAUCGAAGCAAUGAAAAAAGACUGCGGGAUCAACUUGAACAAACUGCACGCGGACGGUGUCAUGACCAACAACACACUGCUGAUGCAGCUUCAGGCCGACCUGGUCGGGAUACCAGUUUUGAAAACGGAAGUGAGCGAUCCUGCGACACUCGGUACGGCUAUGGCGGCGGCACAGGCCAAGGGAAUCGACCUCUACAACAUGGAACCCGAUAGUCGUGACUACACGCUGCACAUCACCCACGAAACAUUCCUGCCCACGACGACCGAGGAGGAACGUAACGCCCGUUACACCAAGUGGAAAAUGGCCGUCCAGCGCAGUUUGGGCUGGGCCGUUACCAAGAAGAGUGACGCCAUGACAGACGAACGCUACUCCCUCCUGGCGUCCAUCCCGGCCGGUCUCUUCCUGUUGAGUUCGUUCGUGAUGCUGGUAUUCUCGCAGGCCAAACGAAGCUGAGUUGCCUAACCCGGUGGGCAUAAUUGUAGUCUAAUCCGUUGCAAGUUUUAUUCUAAAAGUGCAUAUUACUUACAACGUUUAUUUUAUUCGCCUAGUUUGUUA